AUAUAUACGUCAACCUUGCCAGUAUCGAGAAGCAGUUUAACAGCGGCCUCUUGUCUCCAAUAUGCCGCCAAAUGCAGCGCUGUUCGUCCAUCUUUGUCCUGUUUAUUUGUGUCAACCUUGCCAGAAUCAAGAAGCAGUUUAACAACCGCCUCAUGCCCAUCCUUUGCCGCUAAAUGCAGCGCUGUCUGUCCAGAAUUGUCCUGUUCAUUUGCGUCAACCUUGCCAGAAUCAAGAAGCAGUUUAACAACCGCCUCAUGCCCAUCCUUUGCCGCUAAAUGCAGCGCUGUCUGUCCAGAAUUGUCCUGUUCAUUUGCGUCAACCUUGCCGGUAUCGAGAAGCAGCUUAAGAGACGUCCUUUCCCCAGUUAAUGCUGCCAAAUGUAGUAGUGUCCCUCCCCAAUCAUUCUUGAGAUUUACAUCAACUUUGCCGGUAUCGAGAAGCAGCUUAACAAUUGCCUCAUGCUGA